AUGGGUCACAUGCGCGAAGUCUCUGCUGAAAAUUGCGAACGUCCAUCGUAUUAUUUGCCACAUCACGCCGUCUUGAAGCCGGAAAGUACGACAACGAAGCUGCGCGUCGUGUUUGACGCUUCAUGCCGCACGUCUACUGGAGUGUCGCUGAACGAUGGAUUAAUGGUCGGACCCGUCGUCCAGGACGAUUUGUUGUCGAUUAUCCUACGGUUCCGAUUCCACAGAUUCGUUGUAGUGGCGGACAUCGCCAAAAUGUACCGCAUGGUCAACGUGUGCCAAGCCGAUCAGCCUCUUCAGCGCAUUCUUUGGCGAAGCUCGACCAGCGAACCUGUGAAGGCCUACCAGCUUACUACCGUUACGUAUGGUACUAGCUCUGCUCCAUACCUUGCAACAAAGUGCCUUCAACAGUUGGCAGCAGAUGCCGAAGCAACGCACGGAAAGGCAGCUACCACCAUUCGAUAG